ACAAAUAACUUCAUAAAGUAUAAUUUUAUAUGAGUAUGAGAAUUGAAAGUAUAAUUUUAUAUGAGUAUGAGAAUUGAAGUAUGUAGUCCUUCUGCAUAAAAAAGUUCAUCGUUACGUAAAACUUUCUUCAUUUCAGUAGUGUGUGUAUGUACAUCUGAGGGAGGGAGAAAACAGGAAUAAUUAAAUAACAAACACUGGAAAUUGGAAAUCAUUUUACAUCUACUAUAAUCUAAGUAUACUUUGUCUGCCUUGAACUAGAUUACCACUGACACCUCACUUUUAUUUUUAAUUUUUUUCCACACAUCGAUAAAUUGCAUUUUCUCCUAGAAAUGCUUGGAAGGAAUUAAAAAAACAAUAACAAUCUAACCUAUUUUUUUCUGGGUACAGUAUAGUUUUACCCACUCCACAUCUUGUGUUACAGUACAAUAAACAAGCAUAUUAAAAAUGAAAUAAAUCCUCAAAAUUACUCUAGCAUUGAGGUUGAAGUGGAAUCCUCCCAGAACAUCACAAAUGAUGAAUGAUUAUAUCUGUAAUGUCAUUUUUAUGAGGCAAAUAAUACUAUACUGAUGGAUGAAAUUAUUUCCACAAUGUUUAUAGUUCUAGUUCAUUUGGCUUAGGCUGUGGACUCAUGUCAGUUUUUGAUCUAGUCAAUGAAUUAUUGCCAAAAGAGGAGGAGUUGAAGCUGGCAAAUAAAGAAGCAUGCUCUAUAAAUCACAAACUCAGUAACAGUGCUUGGACAGUGCAAACUGAGUUGCAAUGACCACCUCACAGACUCACUUGAUUUUGGAGAACUAUAUUGGUGGCCAAUUUGUGCCAUGUUCCUCAUAUCUAGAUUCUUAUGACCCAUCUAUUGGUGAAGUAUAUUGCAAAGUACCUGAUAGCGGCAGGGAAGAGGUGGAAGCUGCUGUCAAAGCGGCCCAAAAUGCUUUCCCAGGAUGGUCUGCCAAAAGUUCACAGGAAAGGUCAAAAAUAAUGAGCAAGUUAGCAGACCUUAUGGAAGAAAAUCUGGAGUCAUUUGCGCAAGCAGAAUCAAAAGAUCAAGGAAAAACCAUUUCUUUUGCCAGAACAGUGGACAUACCCCGAGCAGUAUACAAUUUUCGCUUUUUUUCAUCAUCUAUCCUUCAUAAGACAACAGAAUGUACACAGAUGGAUCACAUGGGCUGUAUGCACUAUACUGAAAGGUCACCAGUGGGGAUUGCUGGAUUAAUUAGUCCUUGGAAUUUGCCACUUUACUUACUGACCUGGAAAAUUGCCCCCGCUGUCAUGUGUGGAAAUACUGUAAUUGCCAAACCGAGCGAAAUGACAUCUGUCACAGCCUGGAUGAUGUGCAAACUUCUGAAUAAAGCAGGUUUUCCUCCGGGUGUGAUAAAUGUCGUGUUCGGAAGUGGGCCCAAAGCUGGAGAUGCUCUUGUUUCCCAUCCGGCGGUAUCUCUGAUUUCCUUCACUGGGAGCACACUCACUGGCCAGCAAAUCAUGCAAAGGUCUGCUUUGUACUGUAAGAAGCUUUCCUUGGAGCUAGGAGGCAAAAAUCCAGCUAUCAUUUUUGAGGAUGCCAACUUGGAUCAAUGUAUUCCUGCUACUGUAAAAUCCAGUUUUGCUAACCAGGGUGAAAUAUGCUUAUCUACCAGCAGAAUCUUUGUUCAGAAGAGCAUUUCUAAAGAAUUCUUGAAAAGGUUUGUGGAAGCUGUUAGAAAAUGGAAAGUUGGAAAUCCUUCAGAUCCCACAACUGAUAUGGGAGCAUUGAUAAGUAAAGAUCAUUUAGCAAAGGUGAAGAAAUAUAUCCAGCAGGCUCAGGCAGAAGGGGCCAAGAUCCUUUGUGGAGAGGGAAUAGAUUCAUUGAAUCUUCCUCCAAGAAACCAAAAAGGCUAUUUCUUGCCUCCCACAGUUAUCACAGAAAUUGAUGAUGAUUCUUGCUGCAUUCAGGAUGAGAUCUUUGGUCCUGUAGCUUGUGUAAUGGUGUUUGACACAGAAGAGGAAGUGAUUAGGAGAGCCAAUGGAGUCAAAUAUGGCCUGGCAGCCACAGUCUGGUCAAACAAUGUGGGCCGGAUUCAUCGUGUUGCUAAAAAACUCCAGUCUGGUUUGGUGUGGACCAAUUGCUGGCUGAUCAGAGAUCUGAAUUUGCCCUUUGGGGGAAUGAAAGCUUCUGGGAUAGGUAGAGAGGGAGCUAAGGAUUCAUAUGAAUUUUUCACUGAGGUAAAAACAGUUACCAUAAAAUAUACUGAUGAGAACUGAUAGGAAGUAAUUUGUGCCAUAAGUCUCUAUGUGUUGUUUUGUCUCUCUUAAUAUAUUGAGAAAACGAUGGUCAUGGCUUACACUUGUAUGUCUGCUAAGUGUACUGGAGAAAGGGGCAUAUGAAAAUAACUAUAUGAGACUUUACAGCUGGAAAAUAUGUGGCGGAGUUUGUCAUUAGCUUUGUUUUAACUUCAAAAGAGCUGAUGAGUUUUAUCUGGCUUAGCGUGCUGUUUCCACAACAACCAACUAGAUGCUGAUGGGAACUCAAGCAAGACAUCCCCCUUCAGACUUGGAUUCUUCAAUAACUGCUUUGGGAACCAUGCUCUCUUUGAAAAUAAAGCUAAAAUAUGGUGCCAUAAACAUGAUUGUUCACCAUGUUUAAAUUUUUUAAACUUUUUCAAGUUGGCAGCUACCAUUACAACUUGUGGUGAGGAAUUCCAUGGACAAGCUAUCUGCUUAAGUAUGAAGGACUUCCUUUUAGCAGUCUUAAAUUGAAUAUUCAUCGUCACUGCAUAAUUCAAACUGUAGCAUCCAGCUUCCCCACUAUCUGCCUUAUCUCGUUUAACUUGGAUAAUUUUAGUAGACCUUUCUAGAGACUAUAAAUCUAUAAUCUCAAUUUUGAGACAGUGUCUAGACUGAUCACUGUCUUGUAAAGUAUUGUGCAUUAAAAUUUAUAUA